UUUUUUUUUUUUAAAUAAAUAAAUAAACAAAUAAAUUCCUUUUUUAUUAUUAUUAUUAUUUAUGACAGCUUAUACACUCUUAGGAAAGCCAGAAACAGCAAAACAACAUCUAAUACGAAAAUAUUGGCGACACAUCACUGCUGCGUUCGUUAUUAUUACUAUUAUUUCUACUACAGUUAUCAUAUACUAUGUUAAAAAUGAUAUUCAAUUAGAAAGUGAUAAUGAAGUUAUCGGAUUACCAGAAAGAUACAUUAAUUUUUCUCUACCCACACAAUCGGAACCCUUUUGUUUAGACCUCAAUAAAUAUCCUAUUGAAGAUAAUAUUUUACAAGUUUUCCCUCUUGCUCGAAAUGAUAUUCAAAAGGCUACAGAACAUAGGUUAUUAAAACAACACAAUAAGGUGCUUAAUAAUGUGUCAUGGGCUCAGACAUGGCUUAUCAAACCCUCUGAUACUAAUCUUGAUCUUUCUUGUAAUCAACUGCCUCUUCCUUAUCCUAUCUUAAGACAUAUGGCUAAAGAUUAUUUCCCAGUCAAUGACGCAGAUGACUUUUAUGAAGAUACCGAUAUUCCUUUCUUAUCACAGAAUAAGCCAUUUGUUUUAUUACCCUAUUAUGAUGAUGAUAACAAGCCACUUUUGGAUAUCGAUCUCUGCAUUAGAGUUAUUGUACCCUUUCAGAACGUCGGUGGAGACGAUCCAAUUCAUCAGUCGCUAUAUCGUCCAUAUCCCAAAAAUAAUGCAGAUCUUACUUCACCUUGGUGGGAUACCUUCCUGAUGCAUCUCACAGAUCCUACUACAAACACAACUAAUUCCAUUCAAUUGGAACCAUGGAGAGGGCAUCAUACCCUUCGUCAACAGGCACGAAAAUUACGUAACAUAAGUCCUGGCCUACCUGAAUGGGCAAAAUUGCGUGAGGAUGAGAUAUACGAACGUCCACGAACACAUAUUUAUGAAGCCAACGUUAGACUCACAAAAGGUUGGCAAUUGUCUUGUUUGUUAGAGUUUGUAGAGGCUAGAUAUAAUUUUGAAUAUGGUCCCGUGACUCCUUAUCAGCCCAUCAACUUACCCAUCUUCCCUGCUAUCAUCAACCAGGUUGGAGACACACAUGACUCCAUCAAUAAAAAUAUCGAUCUGUUAGAUGAACUCAAACAUCAUUUAUCAUUACCACUUUGUAAAGGAUUUGAUCACCCAGGUCGUUGGCUUCGCUUCCCGACUUUCCCUCAUCAACACUUCUUAGUAAACAAUUCAUUAGCAGAGUUAAAGUCGCAAUUAUUAGGUUUAACACGAGACAAUACAUAUUGGGCACCCUAUGACUGUCAUUAUCGACACAUCAGUUAUGAACAAUUCAAUCGGUGUGCAGCUCAAAAAUACCCUCGAGGAUUAAAUUUGUUUGGCGAUUCAAACAUACGUCGAUCGAUUAAAAAGUUCCUAAGUCAGGGUCAUUGGUGUCAGGGAUGGGAAAAGCAUCUGAAGGGACCUUUAAUAGAGGAUAAUCAAAGACCCACCAUCAUAGAUUCAUUCUCAACAACACCAAGUAUAGAAAGACGUCAACUAGUGAACGAUCCAAAUCAAUACGAAUCUCCACAAGAGUAUCGAUUCUCGAUAGACGAACAAACACGAAGCUGUUUCUGUGAGGAUUAUUCUGAACCUUAUUGGGAUAAACGAUGGUUUGAUCCUGUCGUAAGACGAUUUGACAUGGUCUAUCGAAACAGUGAAAGGCAAACACGUCUGUUGGGUGUGACGGAGUGGGAUACGACCAAUAACUCUCAAAAGGGAGCGAUUAUCAAUGAUGAUAGCUGGCGUGUGAGUUCUUAUAAAUGGGAUGGACUUACAUUUUUAAACAGCCCUAAUUGGGAUACAGCUGUUCCUUCAAGUCCUGCUAAUGCCGAUAUAGCUAUUUUUUCUCUUAAUAACUGGGACGCUGCCUUUGGUGAACUCGAGCCCUAUCUAAGGGAUCUAGAUCAUCUAAUUUACCAGAUUAAACAGCACUAUGAUAAGGGAACUCGUAUCAUCUAUCGUACUGGACAAUAUUAUUGUUGCCGUGUAGAUCAUUCAGAUCGUACAAGACAAGUCAGUGGACCUCGAAUGGAUGUCUUUGAAAAAUUGACACAACAAAAAUUUGUACAAGAAUUGAAUGCGGAUAUCUGGAACACCUAUCGACUCGGGGAAGCCAAAAGUUGGGAAGAAAAAAUAGUGGCCAUUGGCUGUCCUUCAAAUCAUGUUCCUGCUGACCAAGUUGAAAUUGAAAAUCAAGUAUUAAUGAAUGGUCUUUGUAACCUUUAAAAAAAAAAAAAAAAAA